GCAGGCAGCCAGAAGGCGCGUCGGUCUUCCUAAGCUCUGCCUCGCACCGAUCCCAUCAUGAGUCAGAGGUUUACGGUCACCUCUUUCUCCAAGGAAGAGGGCAAAUGCCUGCCGGCCACACAAGGCGAGGUAAACCAGCUCUUCGAGUGCGAUGAAUCUCCGCCGAGAUCUCCGACCGAAGCGGGCGCUGUACAGACGCAGGAUGUGGCCAAAGAUCCUGGACCCACAGAGGAGUGUCUUGCCAGAGGUGACGGAAACCCCAAGGAGAGCAGCCCCUUCAUCAACAGCAGCGAUGUGGAGAAGAGCCAGCAAUACGAUGGCAAAAACAUGGCCUUGUUUGAGGAGGAGAUGGACACCAGCCCCAUGGUGUCUUCACUACUCAGCAGCCUGGCCAACUAUUCCAACCUCCCGCAGGGCAGCAAGGAGCACGAGGAGGCCGAGAACAACGAGGAGGCCCGCAAGAAGCCCGUCAAGGCUCCACGAAUGGGCACCCUGAUGGGCGUCUACCUGCCUUGCCUGCAGAAUAUCUUUGGGGUGAUCCUGUUCCUGCGGAUGACCUGGCUGGUCGGCAUUGGAGGGGUGCUGGGGACCUUCAUCAUUGUCUUUAUGUGCUGCUCCACUACUAUGCUAACCGCAAUUUCUAUGAGUGCCAUCGCCACCAAUGGAGUUGUGCCUGCUGGUGGCUCUUACUACAUGAUCUCUCGAUCCCUUGGACCAGAGUUUGGGGGAGCGGUUGGCAUCUGCUUUUACCUGGGAACCACUUUCGCAGGCGCCAUGUACAUUCUUGGGUGCAUCGAGAUACUGUUGAUAUACAUCGCUCCCCAAGCAGCCAUCUUCAAGUUGGAGGGUCUCGAAGGUCCGGAGGCGGAGGCAGCAUUGCUAAACAACAUGCGGAUAUACGGCACGUGUGUGCUUAGCUUCAUGGCCCUGGUGGUCUUUGUCGGUGUCAAGUAUGUGAACAAACUGGCCCUCGUCUUUCUGGCCUGCGUCAUCCUCUCCAUCCUAGCUGUCUACGCUGGGGUCAUCAAGACAGCCAUAGAGCCGCCUGACUUUCCGAUCUGUAUCCUAGGAAAUCGUACCCUGGUCUGGAAAGGCUUUGACGUGUGUGCCAAGGUUAUCGAGAAGGAGAACGGCACUGUCACCACCAAGCUCUGGAGGCUGUUCUGUGACUCGGAGUUCCUCAAUGCCACAUGUGAUGAAUACUUUGUGAACAACAACAUCUCUGAGGUCCAGGGCAUUCCUGGCAUCACAAGUGGCAUCCUUCGUGAGAACUUGUUUGGGACUUACUAUGAAAAGGGAAUGAUAGUCGAAAAGCGUGGAAUUCCAUCGACUGCAGACCCCGAUGCUCCCACAACCAGUAUGAAUCGAUAUGUCCUCGCUGACAUCACCAGUUUUUUCACACUUCUUGUUGGCAUCUACUUCCCCUCAGUCACUGGUAUCAUGGCGGGCUCCAACCGUUCAGGGGAUCUGAGAGAUGCUCAAAAGUCAAUUCCGAUUGGCACCAUAAUGGCCAUCACCACAACCUCCACAGUCUACAUGUCUAGCGUUGUCAUGUUUGGGGCCUGCAUUGAAGGAGUGGUACUGAGAGACAAGUUUGGUGAGGCAGUCAAUGGCAAUUUGGUGAUUGGCACACUAGCCUGGCCGUCCCCUUGGGUCAUCGUAUUCGGCUCGUUCUUCUCCACCUGUGGAGCCGGGCUGCAGAGCUUGACGGGCGCACCACGACUCCUACAGGCUAUCGCCCGCGAUGGCAUCGUGCCCUUCCUCAGGGUGUUCGGUCAUGGCAAGGCCAACGGCGAGCCCACCUGGGCCUUGCUGCUCACUGCUUGCAUCUGCGAGAGCGGCAUCCUCAUCGCCUCCCUUGAUGCCGUUGCACCGAUCCUCUCCAUGUUCUUUUUGAUGUGCUACAUGUUUGUCAACCUGGCGUGUGCCUUGCAAACUCUUCUGCGUACCCCAAAUUGGAGGCCACGCUUCAAGUUCUAUCACUGGGCCCUGUCUUUCCUGGGAAUGAGCUUAUGUCUAUCACUUAUGUUCAUCUGCUCUUGGUACUAUGCCAUCGUCGCCAUGGUGAUCGCUAGCUGCAUCUACAAGUACAUUGAGUUCCGUGGUGCGGAGAAGGAGUGGGGUGACGGUAUUCGGGGUAUCUCGCUCAGCGCGGCACGUUUCGCACUCAUGCGGCUGGAGGAAGGUCCUCCGCACACCAAGAACUGGAGGCCGCAGCUGCUGGUGUUGACCAGCUUAGAUGCGGAGCAGGCCGUGGAACAGCCCCGCCUACUUUCGCUAACUAAUCAGCUGAAGGCAGGUAAAGGCCUGACCAUUGUGGGUGCAGCACUGGAGGGCACCUUCCUCAACAACCACCCCCAGGCCCAGCGUGCGGAGCAGUCCCUGCGAAAGCUGAUGGAGACAGAAAAGGUGAAGGGCUUUUCCCAGGUGGUCAUCUCGUCGAACAUCCGCGACGCCACAUCCCACCUCAUCCAAGCUGGAGGGUUGGGCGGUCUACAGCACAACACUGUGCUGGUGAGCUGGCCACGGAACUGGAAACAGGUUGAGGAUCAUCAGAAUUGGAGGAAUUUCAUUGAGCUCGUGAGAGAGACCACGGCUGCCCACCUGGCCCUCCUGGUACCCAAAAACAUUGCUGCUUUCCCAUCCAAUGGAGAGCGCUUCACCGAGGGGAGCAUCGACGUCUGGUGGAUUGUCCACGACGGGGGAAUGCUGAUGCUGCUGCCCUUCUUACUGCGCCAGCACAAGGUGUGGAGGAAGUGCAAGAUGCGCAUCUUCACUGUGGCCCAGAUGGAUGACAACAGCAUUCAGAUGAAGAAAGACCUGACCACCUUCCUGUACCACCUGCGUAUCGACGCCGAGGUUGAAGUUGUGGAGAUGCAUGACAGCGAUAUCUCGGCCUACACCUACGAGAAGACCUUAGUGAUGGAGCAGCGAUCCCAAAUCCUCAAGCAGAUUAAUCUCACCAAGAACGAGCGUGAACGCGAAAUACAGAGCAUCACGGACUCCUCCCGGGGCUCCAUCCGUCGCAAAAACCCCAGUGCUGUGAGCACGCAGCUGAGCGUGACCGAGGAGCAGCCCAGCAGCAGUGAGCAGGAGAAGCCCGAGGAGGAGGUGCAGCUCAUCCACGACAAAAAUACCGCAGCAACCCCAACCAGCCUUCAGUCACCCACCGAGAGUGUUGAGACCCCCGGGGACAAGGUCCACAUGACGUGGACAGAGAAGUUCGAUGGUGACAAAGGAAAGCCACCCGGAGCUGGUACCCCAGAAGGCAUCAAGGAUAUAUUCAACAUGAAGCCGGAGUGGGAGAACCUAAACCAGUCCAAUGUGAGACGCAUGCACACAGCUCUGAAGCUGAAUGGAGUCAUCAUUAAGAAGUCCCAAGAGGCCAAACUGGUCCUCCUAAACAUGCCAGGGCCACCCAAAAAACCGGACGGUGAUGAAAACUACAUGGAGUUCCUAGAGGUCUUGACUGAAGGUCUCAAUCGGGUCCUCCUUGUGCGUGGUGGAGGACGUGAGGUCAUCACUAUUUACUCCUGAGAGAUCGGCCCAGCAUUCCACAUCCCGCCCCCUUCUCUCCUCUUCAUUGCUACCUCUCCACAGACUGACCCAUCGCUAGCUGACCCAUUCGAUAGCAAUAGCCCAGACGCUAGCCCUACAUCGCUGUUCACCCCAAUACGAUGUGACACAAUUCACCUUCUUACCCAACACGUUUCUUCUCUCACUGAUUUCCACCAUCCACUUCCCAUUUGGUCUCCUUAGAUGUAACUCACUGUACAAUGUCAUAAGCAGCUGACAGCUGAGGUGCCACUGGCCCUGUCUCUCACUUCUCCUGUGGCUGAUUAAUGAGGCUUCGGCUUGCCUGUUUACCAGCUGUCUAGUCCUCACAUAAUACAUCAGCACAUAUCACAGAUGCCAGCCAGUCCUCUGCCAUUCAGCUGCCAAAUACCUACACUGUUGCUCUAGACACAGCCGGGAGGUAUGUACUUGUCUCCUCAUCGCUCUACCUGCCCUGCCACUCAGACUGGUAUUUGUGGAAGGGGGUCAGUGGGAGUUUGAGAUCAUGGGGAAAAUUUUCCCCCCAAUAUUUCGGUCGAUUUAGGUUUGAUAUUAAAAGAGGCAUUUUCGGCAGACAUUUCAGGAGCGUUGAGAAGGAUUUGUGGAUUAUAAUGGCUUUAGGGAAGUGAAGAGUCUUUGUCAUCCGUUAUGUGGUUGUCUUCCUGUAAAAUGCCUGUGGUGGAGUCCAGCUAUCCACAAAUGAUUCGUAAUUCGAAGAAAACACACCGUAACUUCCCCUACACCUUCCCGCUACCCCCAGUCUCAGUUGCUGUGGGAGGGGGAGCCAUUGCGACCAACUGGUGCAGACAGUGAAAGAGCAGAAGAGUCACUGCCAUAUAUGAGGUUUCCUCUUAGGGGAAUGGCGAGUCGUCCCAUUGGCAGCUUAUGUGCCAUGGUCAACCCUACUGUCAAGAGGUUCCAUGAAGCGGGUCAGAGUGGACAUGUCAGGAGGUGCCCAAGGAGUGUCCUGCCCGGUUCCGGUCUCUAAGAUUCAUCCUUGAACGCUGCACAUUAGAUGGCAGCCAGAGAUAUGCCCUGACUGUGUUUUACUUUCAUUCUCGGAGCUAUACCUGUACUUUAAAUUGCGCAGACCUCAAAGGCCAUGAAGCUGAGCACCAGUAAAUCCAGUGCCAAAAAAGCCUGGGAAAGGGACACGCCAUCGUACAGCAAGACGGCAUUCUUGCAAACCCCUGUGAAGGUCAGAAGCAGGAGCAAGAAAGUGUGCAAUCCUGAUGUCAACAUUUCUGUGAGAUGCAUUCACCCCUGACCCCAUUUGCGGAUUUCUGUAAAUAGUGUACAAACUCAGAUGCAUAGUUAUUAAAUAUCAAUGUAGUAUUUUUGUGACUAAGAGCUUCAAGGACAUGCAGUGUUUCGAAGCGACUUUGUUCUUCUCACUAUAGUAAAUGUUACGGUAUCUUUGACACAUCUGAAUGGUUAUACACUGUGCACUGAGUGAUUGCUCCACUGUGCAAAUGAAAAUACUUCACGUGAAUUAGGUGGCACAUUGAACACGUCUCCUGCAGAAAAUCCAGCAGUGACUAAUCGCACUAUAUUUGCAAUGUGUAUAAAGACACCAGCUAUACAAAAAAACAUUUAUACAAAAGUUAAUUCUAUAAAAGUUUAUAAAGUCUAUAUAAAUAUAUCUUGAACAAUAACUAUUAGCAACUAUAGAUAACUGACCAUUAAUAUAUUUUUUAAGAUAAACAUUUAUCUAUUUAUUUAUUCAUGUAUUUAUUUAUUUAUUGGGAGUAUAUUGCCAAACAUAGUCCUGUCUGUUGAGCCAUAUAAAAAUUAUUUUAAUAUAUUUACCCUAAUAAUAUGCAACAAAUGUCAAUUGGCAUAUCGGAAUCAAACACUGAAUUAUGUGAUUAUGCUAUAUGUGAGGAAGCUAGGGGUGUAUUACCAAACAUAUGGAAAAGCUUUCAGUACUUGUUCAAAUAACUAAUAGUUUAGUUAAAAGUUAUUUAAAUUAUAAAAUCUUUGGCACAAAUAGCAGUUACUAUUAACGAUAAAUUUUCAAUUAGAUUUCCCAGAAUGCCCAUCUGGGAAUAUAGGAAACAUGUGCUCCUAUUUUAAAAUGAAUGUACAAGUGGUUAAUAUGGACACAUCUCCUGUUUUAUUUUUAUACAGAUCCUUUAUGAGUAGAUUUCAUAUAAUAUUAUUAAUUUAUUAUUAGUGAACAAUCGCAACUAUGUACUCUGAAGGGAAGUAUGAGGCAUCGUACCCAUACCUGAGUAUAUAAAAGAAUUUUUAUGAGGAGAAAUUAUUUAUAGAGCUGUUAUAAAAAGGGGCUUUUAUGUUUGCUGGGUAAGUCUGGGACAUGGCUGAAAAUAUAGACAUAUACAAAGAAAUUGUUGUUGCAAAUGCUGCUAAUAUAAAUAAUGAAAUUCAUAUAAUACAUAAAGUAUGCAUAAAUAGAAAAUUCCCCCAGAGAUUCUUAUCAAUGUAUGUGGUGUGUAUAAUUUUACCGAACCAGGUUUGAUUUUGAAAUAUAAGAGCUUUUUCCUCAAAAGGAAACAUCAAGUAUUAAGUUAUGAUAUAAAGUUAUCCCUUGGAGUCAGGGAGCAACUGAAGUCCCCACAAGGUGAAAUGAUUUAAGGUGUUUUCAUUUUUUAACUAAAGUUGUGAGAAUGUCCCCCUGCCACAAAUCUGGACCGAUUGUUCCAUGCCGUGGUUCACUUUCCUAGGUUGCAUCUGAAGUUACUCCCUUCGCUUUCGCUUCAAAGCUCCUUGAAGAGUGCUGUUGUUGGAUUUUAGCAAUUAAACAGCUACACUGUUUGCACUCUUUGUCCAUCGGCAUAUGCUUAAAGUCGAUAAACAGAAAACUGCAGUAAUAUUGACCCACAUGCAUCUGGAGCUGUAGUUCCUUUGCCUGAAGUGGAUAUCUGAUAUCAAAUUUAAUGAAACUGAAAGACAACAGGAAAUUUGUAGUCUGCACUAAGCUUUUCUUUCCAAUUCAGGCCAAUGCAAACGCAAGACACACUUUGCCAGAAACCUGUGUUUCAUCUACAUCAAACGUCAUCACAUUUUUAAUGAAGUACUACCUGACAUUAAAUGCUACUCACAAUUAUUGCUAGAUUACUUGGUGGUUGGAGGGAAAAAAGACAAUGAACUUGCUUAGUUAGUGUUUUACAAUUCCCUUUUGCAUGGUAUUUGUGGCUGUGCUUGUUUCUGUGGUUCCUUUGAUGUGGCAAAUUUAAGUGUAAGACAGGAAAGCAUGGAGAGAGGGAUGCCUGCGUGGCGCAUUACUGCUGGCCGGUGUCCUUGUGGGGACUUAGGAAAAGCGUGAUCACAGUAUUGUAUUCAGUCCUGUCUUAAUGUUAUUUACAUAAUGUAACAGAGGUGAAUGACUACUGUAAGAAGGGCAGUGAAUGCUCCUGAAAAUUUCACCAGUCAGGCUUUGUAUAUAAUGCAGCAGAAGUAGGAUAUUAGAGCAAAUUUGACCUUCUUUGUUUUAUUAUUGUAAAUGUAUCCUUAGGACGUUAUUUUAUUGCUUGAGUGCAAGUAUUUUCUUUUUUUUAAUUUUGUCUAGAAAGAGACGUGUUGUAUGAAACUGUACUGUAUGAAAUAUGAAUAUCUAUCAUUGUGGUUACAUUAAUAAACAGAACUGACGGAAUGUU